AAUAACACACAAACCAAAACAAAGUACGGACCACCAUAUAAAACACAAAAACAGCAAUGAAAUAAUGAAUGGAACCCAACACACAAUAAAAUAGAACAGAUGUUGCAUGCGCAUGGAUAAGUUUGGAUGUCUUUCUCUCGGUCUCUGUUUUUCCCUCUGUCUCUUUCUGUCUCCCUCUAUCUCUUAUUUCUCUAAGUGUACACUAGUGAACAGGAAAACGACUCCCUCUUGUGGAAGUCUGAUGCCUCAAAGACAGUAGGACAGUGUCAAGCCACAGUCACGAGUCUAGAAUCACUGGGUAACACUAAGUUCUAACCAGGCAAUAAGGCCACUUAUACAAACCUCAGAGGGGCCUUAUUUCCAACAAAAACAGGUUACCAAUGUAAUUAAAACUGUUAGCGUGUUGGUUGAUAUGACAUGAGGGCGACCUUUUUGCUUGUUUAUACUGCAUAUUGUCAUUUCCAGGUGCAAAAGAUGACUGUCCAUUGCGUGACAUACCAUGGUAUAUAAAUUCAGCCAAUCAGGAUCCAGGACCCAAACCACUCGGUUUAUAAUAUAAGUAAAUAAUAUAUGCCAUUUAACAACCGUUUCCUCCAAAGUGACUUCACAGCAUACAUAGGUUUUUGAAUGGUUGGAGGCAAAGCCACAGUCAUGAGCCCCUUGCUCAGCCAUCGUUGCCAAACAGGACCUAGGAGUGGUUUUGUGUCUUGACUCGCUCUACAGUUACCGUGGCCAAGUUUCUACCAGAUACAACCUGCCCCGUGGGAAAGUGGCAUACAGGGUGGUGAUGAGAAAUCAAACGCGUCAAUAAACACCUAGCCUGUCCAUGGGAUUACCCAGCAUGCCAGACAUACGUUGACUGAUCCGGCCGCGGGUGAGAGAGCACAGGCCUUUAAUGGCAUUAUGAUGGGCACUCUCUUGGAACCGGGAUUGUUUGCUCAUGUGGCAUUAAACCAUUAUGACUUUACCACCCGACUGAAUGAAAGCACCCUUUCGGGUAGUUGACAUUGGGAGUCUCUAACUCACACCCUCAGGUCAGAGCUGUAGGUGAAAUGUCACCACCUUCCAAACAAUCACCUGUGCUGAACCUUUUAAGUGUGGUAGCACUGCCCGGGUGUGAUAUGCAGGCCGUUAGUAUGGGAAUUAUGACAGGUACUGUGGUGUGAUGGCUCGUUUGGUCCUUAUAAAAGGAUGCCACCAACUCUUACAGCACUGACUGACAGCAAGGUUUCCAUUCGGAACCUUGAACCACUAAAAUACCGACUGAUUAUUGAUUUAUUUGCUGGCGAAUAGUUGGAUUUCUCGGGAACCCUAGAACCAAAUAUCGAAGAUUUUUUUUUUCUAUUUCUGUCUUUUUCUAUUUCUGUUUCGAACGAAACAUGUCUGUUCUCUUAAACUUGGUGUUUUUUUCCACAUUUGCGGUCUUCGCCCUUGCAUUUCCAUUCCCCUACAACGGCAUCCGGGGUGUUCGCAGAAAGGACGCAAGCCGGGAAAUUGAAUCUUCCGGUAGCGGUCCAGUGGGCGAACACGAGCCCAUCCGUGGGGCUGUCAAUGUAGUCAAGCUCAACCCCCAUAACCUGGGCCAGUCGGGUCUUUUUAGACGAGGUGGGCUUUCCCCCCGAGGAGCACCCGGUCCCAGGAUGCCUUUCCCUAGCUUCUUGGCUAUGGGACGCCCUGGUUCUCCUGCGGUCCCUGUCAAAGGAGUGGCGGUGCCUCCUCAUCCGCUGUCUCAGCUGCGCCACGACGGUCAGGGCCAAAGUGGGACAGAUAUGAAGAAGAGGCAAGGCUUUGAGAUGUGGCAGAGGGCCAUGGAAAAAAGCGACCAGAGAAAGACCCUGUCCAUGUCGCUUCCGCUAAGCUUGAAGGACUCAGCCAACCAGCAGACCUGCACCGCCGUGCCUUUUACACAGCGAAUAACAUCCGAGGGCUGUGACACUGUGACAGUUCACAACAAGCUGUGCUUCGGUCAGUGCAGCUCUCUGUUCAUCCCAUCUGGUUGGGAGUCCGCCAGCCAGAGCGGUACAGAAGGGCACCCGGUCGCGCCGUGUUCCCGCUGCUCUCCCUCCAAGGCCCACACGGUGACCGUGCCUCUCCGCUGUGGAAUGGAGGUGCGGGUGAAGCGCGUGAUGGUGGUGGAAGAGUGCAAGUGUGAGACCGGCCGCCAGGAGGCGAAUGUUGAGGUUGUGCCCUCGACACUCCUGUAAAAAGACUGCUGCUGGUCAAAUUAUUAUUAUAAUUUUUUUUACCUGAAACGAUUAAUAGUUUUUUCUGUUAUAAUUUAUUGUUGUAUUGUAAUGGACAUUCAUUAUAUGUAUAUGACCCUGAGACUGAAUUUUCGAUUCAGAAAAAGAACGAUUUGGAGGUAAAAGCCUUCAAUGAUUAAAGACAGGUGACUAACAUUUUUAGUCACGCAUACUUCUGUUUAAGAUAGCAGGAGCCGUCCACACUGGAUGGUUUCAUGUUGAAAAAACUUGUUUAAGUUUAUCUGAACUUAAAUAUAAUUUCCGUCAAAUAAAAACGUCCAUCCCUGUCAUA